CACCAAGCAGCUGGUUUCCACCAAAGUGACAUCUGCUAUGGAUGCUGCCUGUGAGGCAAAAGAAGCAAUGGCUGAUAAAGUGACUGAAGCUGUGGACCUAACUAAAAAUGUUGUUGGGGACAGUGUCAAGAUGACCAGGUCAAUGGUCACCUCCACUGUUAACAGUGCUGUGGGGGCUGCCCAGGGUGCCAAGGACCUCGUGACUAACAAGGUGACCGAGGCAGUGGACCUCAGUAAACACAUUGUGGAGGACAGUGUUGGACUGACCAAGUCUGCAGUCGCUUCUACUAUUGUCAGUGCUGUAGAGGCUGCCCAGGGUGCCAAGGACCUCGUGACUAACAAGGUGACCGAGGCAGUAGACCUCGGUAAACACAUUGUGGAGGACAGUGUUGGACUGACCAAGUCUGCAGUUGCUUCUACUAUUACUGCUGCUGUAGGGGCUGCCCAGGGUGCAAAGGAUCUUGUGACCAACACAGUGACUGAAGCAAUGGACCUAACGAAAGGGGCUGUUCAAGAUGGUGUUGAGAAGACCAAAUCAAUGGUCACUUCUACAGUCACUACAGCUCUGGAUGCUGCAUAUGGCACCAUUACUAGCAAAAUAAAUACAGCCUUGGAGCAGAGCAGAGAAGCUAUCCAAGAGAGUGUGGAGAUGACUAAUUCAGUGGUGACCAACAGCAUGAGCAAAGCCAAGGCAGUGAGCCAAGCAGUGGCAGGUGGUGUGGGAUCUGUCCUGGGUAUAUCAGAAGAUCUGGUGGAUCACUACCUCCCAAUGACAGAGGAGGAACUAGGUGAGAAAAUGCUUAGCUGGCAGUUGUAAACACAAAUCCU